AUUCUCUCUGAGAAGAGAGAAUCCGAAACUUUCCUUCCUCAUCUGUACAUUGCAUACGCAUAGAAUACCGAUUCCGAGCAAGCAAAAGAUCAAGUGAGACACCUGCAGUUGUUGGUUCUUGUCUUCCACACAACAGCAGAUGAGAUGAGACCAAACUGGGAGCUCAAGAACUGCUGCAACCACGAUCAAGUGGUGUUUCUCGUCACAGUAGCUGUCUGUACUGUUGUUAUCCUCGCGCUAUGGAGGACAGUGCUUCUGAGACCCUUCAAGCUUGUCACUGUAUUUCUUCAUGAGACUAGCCAUGCUAUUGCUUGUAAGCUUACAUGUGGUCAUGUGGAAGGGAUUCAGGUUCAUGCAGACGAAGGUGGUACAACACAAACUCGUGGCGGCAUAUACUGGUUGAUCUUGCCUGCUGGAUAUCUUGGUUCAUCUUUCUGGGGAAUGGUUUUGAUACUUGCGUCAACAAAUCUUCUUACUGCAAGAAUUGCUGCAGGAUGUUUCAUUGCUGCUUUACUUCUUGUACUCAUAAUAGCUAAAAAUUGGACACUUCGGGGACUUUGUAUAGGGUUUGUUGUUUUUCUUGGUGUUGUCUGGAUUCUGCAAGAAACUACUAAAGUUCGUAUACUUCAAUACAUUAUUUUGUUCAUUGGCGUAAUGAAUAGCUUGUUUUCAGUCUAUGAUAUCUAUGAUGAUUUGAUAUCCCGCAGAGUUCACUCUAGUGAUGCUGAAAAAUUUGCAGAAAUAUGUCCUUGUCCAUGUAAUGGCGUUGGAUGGGGUGCCAUUUGGGGUUUAAUCUCAUUCUUGUUUCUUUGUGGAGCAAUGUAUCUAGGUCUUGUAAUAUUGUCUUGAUUCUUGAGGUAUUUCCAGUUUCGGCCACUUUUCUGGUCGUUCUCUUCAAUUAUUCCAUGUUUUCAGAGCAUUCCCUCCAUAGGAUACAUAUCAAAGUUGUAUUGGAUAAUUUAAGAACUUACAUUAGGGUGCAAGCACUGCAAACAUUUUUGUG